AUGUCUGCGCCAAAUUCCCAGCGCCAGCGCGAUCGCCCCCAGGGCUCCCAGACCCAGGUCCAGACGGAAGCGCCUACCGGCUCCAGAACGCAGACCGGCACUCAGGCCCCGGCGUCGGCAGCCCCCGCCAUCCUGCGGCUGCGCGGCGCGCACCCGGCUUCCGAUCACCGCGUCCAAUGGGCUGAGUCCGUAGUUGAUAAUGAGGGACUGGGACGAAAGCGGUCAAAAGUAUGCUGCAUAUACCACCCACCUAGUCAGGUAGGCGAGUCCUCCGACGAAUCCUCAUCAGACGAUGACUCGUCGUCGGACUCGGAUUCAGACCGCGGCAUGCCAGACGACCCCCGAGAGAGGGCGCUAGCGGCACGACGGCGUCAACAACACGCCCAUAAUCACAGUCACGAUCACGACCAUGACCAUACCCAUGGAAACGGAGGUGGAGGUGGAGCCCAACGCAGGCGCAGACCGAGUCCUAACGCCUAUGAGCGGCAACCGAAACCAAAGCCCAGAUCUAAUCCAGGAGGCGACGGUCGUAAUCCGGGUAAUCGAGGGAACUCUGGUGCCGGGGGCGGAACUCGAUGA